AUGAAAAGAACGAUCACCACCAUAACAAAUUCAAAUAAUGCAAAUAUUAAAGCAAAUUUAUCUCUUGAAGGUAUUGUUGUAGCAGUAACAGCUAUUUUGGAUAGCCAAAUUACCAAACACGGAAAAUAUUGGACAGCAUUAGUAUGCGAUUCAAAUCAAAAUUUAAAUCGCAUUGCAAAAUACUUGUCGUCGAAAACUAAUUGUUCACUUCAUCCAAAAAUUAUUGAAUAUUUAAAUAAUCAAAAUGGCAUUAAAUUAAAUAAACUUAAAUUUAGUGGCGAUAAUAUGUAUACUGCAAGUAAUGAAACAAUAGCUGCACCAAAAGUCGUCACAUUCACACCUACAUGUACUCAAAUUAGUACAAUUAAUGAUAUUCAAUCCAUGUCUGAUGGUCAAUAUGUAUCCUACAUGUGCAAAAUAAUCGAUAUUGGUCCUCUCUGUUAUGAAUCAACGAUAAUAGGAAUAAUUACAUCAAUUGGAUUAGUUGACGAGACUUUUAGCUGUCCAAAAUGUUAUUCUACUGAUAUUGAGCGAAAUUAUAAAACAAUUAGAUGCAACACAUGUAAAUCACGAUCGUUGUAUUUAAAACAAUCGAAUCAAAAUCAAAUACAACUGACUAUUACUGAUGUUAAACAAAAUAUAUUUGAACUCAUAGUUGAUACACCAAAAAUUACAUCGUUGUUACAAGAAUGUAAUCAUGAUGAACUUUCUACACAAGAUUUAGUUAAACAAGAAAGUGUCUUACUUGUCUUAUCAUCGAUAACUGUUGUCGUUAAUUUUAAUCCAAUAAAUAAACAUAUAACUAAUAUCGUGACAAAUAAUAAUAAUAACUAA